UAAAUGACAACUGCGUCUUAGAUCUCAUUGUGCUUGACAAGAGAUUGCAGUGACUAUUGAAUACAACCAGCAGGUCCUCCCUUUGGAUUUGGUCGUAUCUGAAAACCAUGGCUCACCUUCCAGCACUUUUUAAAUACAUCGAUGAACACCAGGAGCUUUACAUUGAGCGUCUGGCGGAGUGGGUGGCGGUGCAGAGCGUGUCCGCCUGGCCGGAGAAGCGUGGAGAGAUCAAGAAGAUGAUGGAGAUGGCGGCCAAGGACAUCGAGAGGCUGGGGGGCAGCGUGGAGAUGGUGGACAUCGGGAAACAGAAGCUGCCCUCCGGAGAGGAGAUCCCCCUGCCCCCCAUCGUGCUGGGCCGCCUGGGCUCAGACCCGGGGAAAAAGACCUUGUGCAUCUACGGGCACCUGGACGUCCAGCCGGCCAACCUGGAUGACGGCUGGGACACGGAGCCCUUCACUCUGGUAGAGAAAGAUGGGAAGAUGUACGGAAGGGGCUCCACAGAUGAUAAAGGACCAGUGUUGGGCUGGUUGAACUGCAUCGAGGCUUACCAGAAGAUACAACAGGAGCUGCCCAUCAACAUCAAGUUCUGCUUCGAGGGCAUGGAGGAGUCUGGCUCCGAGGGCUUGGACGAGCUGGUGUUCUCCCGCAAGGACGCCUUCCUGAAAGAUGUGGAUUACGUGUGCAUCUCUGACAACUACUGGCUGGGCAAGACCAAGCCCUGCAUCACCUACGGCCUGCGAGGCAUUUGCUACUUCUUCAUCGAGGUGGAGUGCUGUGAGAAGGACUUGCACUCUGGUGUGUUUGGGGGCUCUGUGUAUGAAGCCAUGACUGACCUCAUCGCCCUCAUGGGCUCGCUGGUGGAUAAGAAGGGGAAGAUCCAGGUACCGGGGGUGUACGAGGAUGUGGCCCCCGUCACGGAGGAAGAGAAGAAGCUGUAUGAGAAGAUCGAGUUUGACAUGGACGAGUACUGCAAGGACAUAGGAGCCAGCAGCCUGAUGCACAGCACCAAGGAACAGCUCCUAAUGCACCGCUGGAGGUUCCCCUCCCUCUCCCUCCACGGCAUCGAGGGAGCGUUCUCCGAAGGGGGUGCCAAGACCGUCAUCCCCCGGAAGGUCAUCGGCAAGUUCUCCAUCCGCCUGGUGCCCGACAUGGACCCCAAGGAGGUGGAGAAACAGGUGGUCAGUCACCUGGAGAAGAAGUUCUCUGAGCUGGACAGUCCUAACAAGCUGAAGGUGUACCUGGGUCACGGAGCUAAGGCAUGGGUGUCUGACUUCAACCACCCCCACUACAUGGCUGGCAGGAAAGCGAUGAAGACAGUGUUUGGGGUGGAGCCUGACCUGACCCGGGAGGGGGGCAGCAUUCCCGUGACCCUGACCUUCCAGGAGGCCACCGGCCGUAACGUCAUGCUCCUGCCCAUGGGCUCGUCUGACGACGGGGCACACUCUCAGAACGAGAAGCUCAACCGGACCAACUAUGUCCAGGGAACCAAAAUGCUGGGGGCCUACUUCCAUGAAGUAUCUCAGCUGAAAUAAAUAGCCCAUUCCCUUCCCCAACACUGUGGGACAUGCAUACAUAUAUAUAUAUACACAUGAUGGUGGAGUGUUUUUGUGUGUGUAUAUACAGUAUGUACGUCCAUCUAUGAGAUGUGGAGCCCACUGGUUAAUUUAGUUACAAACAAAAGCAGGUUUCAACAAACUGUCACUUUACAGUAAAGAGAAACUUCUUUUUUUGUAACAUGGGUCUUUAUAUGAAUGUGGUUGUGAGUGGCGGUCGGCCUUUUUGUGUUGUGUGGUGUUUCAGUGCCGGUAUGUUCUAUACACACGGUUCUUCCAUUUCCGAGGGCAUCUUGAAACACUUGGAUAUCACUUCUAAGGGCUUUAAGAUUUGACAUGGGAUCAUUUCAAGAAUCCACUUUUAAUCUUACCUUAAUCCGUGUAUCUGCUGGUGAUAAAGGAAGAAGAUUGUCUUAAAGCGACAUGUUGUUGUGCUCAUACGUGUUCUUAUCACUUGGAUGGUAUCAUGAGUUCAAAAAAGAGGAAUACUUUGCACUUUCAGGAAAUGUUUUGUGUCUGAAAUUGUGUUUUACUGAAUCUCAUUCACCUCUGAACUGAAAGGUGGAAAUGUUUUCUCCUGGGCCUUGAUGUGUAUCUCAGGCCUUAACCACUGUGAAAUGAAAAGCAUCAAUGUCUGGCAAAUAUUCAACAACAACAAAAUAAAUUACAUGUUGUCAACCACA